AUGCCCACAGCAACAAAAGCAGGCUUGGAUGACAAAAUGACAGAUACUGGCAAUUUGGAUGGGAUAUUACCAGAAUGGGAGAAAAAGGAUAUAAAAAUACCUGCCUGUUUUAACAAGAUGCCCCAAGAGACCGGGAAGACUUUCCCUCAUUCCAAACAAGUUGGGAAUUACCUAGUAGGCAAAAUGAUCAACAAGGGUUCCUUUGCCAAGGUGAUGGAGGGACUGCACAUCCCCACAGGGGAGAAGGUAGCCAUAAAAGUCAUUGACAAGAGGAAAGCCAAGCAGGAUUCCUAUGUUUUAAAAAACAUGAAGCGUGAGCCGCGGGUACACCAGAUGAUUAAGCACCCCAAUGUUGUUCAGCUAUAUGAGACCUUGGAGACUGACAACUCCUAUUACAUGGUGAUGGAACUGUGCCUUGGUGGUGACCUCCUGGACAGAAUUUGUGACAAAAAGAGGUUGGUAGAAUGGGAAGUAAGGAGAUACAUCUGGCAAAUUCUAUCUGCAGUAGAGCACCUGCAUUGCCAGGGAAUUGUUCACAGGGACCUAAAAAUUGAAAAUUUUCUUCUUGAUGAGAACGACAACAUCAAAAUCAUUGAUUUUGGACUGAGCAAUACUGCAAAGUUCAGUGGUCUCUCCCAGGAGCUGUUACAUACCCAGUGUGGAAGCCCAGCUUAUGCUGCUCCAGAGCUCCUUGCUCAUAGGAAAUACGGUCCAAAAGUGGAUGUCUGGUCCAUAGGCGUAAGCAUGUUUGCUAUGCUAACCGGCACAUUACCCUUCACUGUGGAACCUUUUAAUAUCAAGCAACUACAUCAAAAGAUAUUAAGUGGAGAAAUCAGCCCUAUUCCGUCAGAUAUCUCCCCUGGAGCUGUACACUUCAUGCAGUCCUUACUUGAGCCUGACCCUGCUAAGAGGCCUGAAGUCAAAGAAGCAAUAAAAGACAAAUGGUUGAAUGAAGGUUUCACCAGGAAAAUACUAAACACUGCUCCCUAUGAGAACAGACUUUGCCCCAGUGACCUGAACUCUGUUGUUUUAAACUACAUGACGGAAUUUAUGGAAUUCAGUCCUUCAGAAGUUAUCAACAUUUUAAUAAAUAACAGACCCUCUUCUGCCAUGGCUUCUUAUUGCUUAUUGCUGAAGAAACUGCUCAGGUACCAGAAAGACCUCAAAAAUGCUCAGGUAAGAUAUAAUGGUCAUGAGAGGCAUAAAGUGUUCCUUGAUUUUUAUGAGGAACAAUGCAGUAGCCACAUAGCACAUGUAAAAAAGAGGGAAAAUGAAAUAGAAAAACACAGUAUUAAUCUUGAUAAACAGUUGAAUAAGAAGUCAGAAAUUAAGAUUUUCCAGAAGGCUGAAAUGGACUCUCUGGAAAACCUCAGGAAUUACGGCAAUAAGGCAUUUCCUUCUUUACUAACCCUGGCAAUGCCAGAUGUUAUUCAAGAAGAUGAGAUUACAAUUACAUUGGAAAACCAAGAAAAUUUGUCAAAAGUUUCCAAGUUUGCAGGCAAAGUGUUGGUCCGUCUUGGGUCUCCUAAGUCAUCAAGCAAAAGUAUGCCAUGUGAGCCCAUUUAUAAGCCACUUUUGGACUCUCAGAAGAAUCAGAAUAAUUUUGAAGACUUGACAGAGGCUGAAAUAGGAUGUCUUCAUGAGAAAUCGCCAUCUACACCAACAAAUAAGCAAUCUUCCUUUUCAAACGUCCAAGCAAUGACAAGUACAAGCAAAAUGCCUCCACGGUCCCUGAUGGAAAACAGAAUUAUUACCAGAAGACCUUUACCUUGUCAGGACAUGAGGUUUAAAGACCUUCUAAAGGCGGUAGAUGAAAAUAGUUACAUCCCAACACAGAGGCAACUUAAUAAAGAUGUCACUGACUUCAUGAUUGACUCUCUGCCGUUGCCACCUUUCCCCAGGCUGCGACAAGCUGCCCUGAGAGAAACCCUGCCUAGAAAGAUUUCCUUGCUGGGGUCAUCACAGGAACAUACAAACAUCUGCCCUCUGGUUGUAGUCAAUGGUUCAAAACCAUCAGCCUUCCCUAUGUCCCAGCAGCAAAUGUUUACUAUAAGAACUUUGAACUUGAUUGACACCAACGGAGAUGAGAAUACAAUGGGAAUCUUCAUAUUUGCUGUUCCAUAA